CCAUGGAGGUCACACUGUGGUGCAUCUGGUGUUUGUGUGAAUGAGGUGGGAAAGAGAAAGAAACACUUUACUCCAGGCCCAGGACACUGAUCGAAGCCUGAUGCCCAGCCCUAGGUGCCACAGCACUCUGGGGACAGAGUUCUUGGACCUAGGCUCUCUGCUCCCCUGGAGCUCCUCCCCAUCCCAGCCACACACCACGGGGGUUGGUUCAACAGGGGGCUGCCCAGAGGCUCCCUCCUGAAGGCAAAGCUGCCCCUUCCCCCAGAUGCCAGCUAGGCAGAGAUAAGGCUGAGGGGUUAAAGGGCAGAGAGCGGUAGGUAGGGAGGGGCAGGGCAGGGCUGGGAGCCACACCCAAGAGCCCUUCCCCAGGUGGCAGAUAGAAGAGUACCUGGCUUCCCCGAAGGCCUGGGGCCAUCUCCUGGGGAAUUUUCCCUGGCGGCAUUGGGGAGAGGUGGGUGACUCAGCCAACACCUUAUCUUUUCCCUCCCACCCCCACCAUGGAGACCACAGCCCAGGACCCAGGGAGGUCCCCCUGGAGGGGGCGUGGGACUCUCAGGUGGAAUGUCUGGGAAUGGGGGCGUGCAAGCAGCUCUGCCCUGGCCCCCCUUGCUUGGGGACCGCCCCUGGAGAGAGGGCUGCCGGAGGCUGUGCCCUGCAAUCUGGGGGCAGCAAACAGGCCAGGGGAUGCCCAGGCCGCCCAGUCCAAGGGAAGUGACCAGCCCUCGGCCCCUGCAGGCAACAGCUCCUGGAUUUGGGGAGGAUCUGCAGCUGGAAUGGUUUGACACCGCAGGCAAUCAGAGCCCAGCAGGAAAUAGCUGGGAGGGGUCCUCACCUCCCCACCUGUCUGGCCCCAGGAAGCUAUGUCCCCCUGCAGGCAGUGGCUCCUGGUUUGUGGCUCCUUGUUUUGGGGAGGAACUGCCCCUGGAAUGGUUAACCUGCGACUCCUCUGACAGCCAAUCACAGAGCCCAGCAGGAAAUACCUGGGAGAGAGCCUCGUGCCUAGCCCCAGUCUGGCCCCAGGCAGCCGUCUCUUCCCGCAGCCAGCACUGUGUACAUGGCCUCUCCAGAGCACCGAGCUCUCCACGGCCUCAGCAUGGCAGUCUUGGCCUGGCGCAAGCCAGGGCUGCUGCUGGUGGUGCUGGCGGUGACCAUGACCGUGGCCCAGUCUGCUCUUCUGCUGACUUCGCUGUCAUCGGGCCAGGGCACUCUGGACCGCGUGGCUCUGGGCAGCCUGUUAAAUACACUGGCGGCCCGUGUGCACUGCGCCCCAGGGCCGUGUGGAAAGUGUCUGUCUGUGGAUGACCUCCUGGCCCUGGGCAGGCCUGGGAAGCCAGGACCAGUCCUGGAGCCCAGGGACAUCCCCCGCCUCAGUGCUGCUGCUGCCCUCUACCUCAGCGACCCAGAGGGCACGUGUGAGGACGCGCGGACCGGCCGCUGGGCCUCCCGCGCCGACCAUCUCCUAGCCCUGCUCGAGGGCCCGAAGGCACUGAUCCCAGGUCUGAGCAGGCUGGUGCGGGAGAUUCAGGCCCAGACCACUGGCCGGCCCACUGCAGAGGAGGCCUGUGUGGACCUGCCUCAGCUGCUGGAGGAGGCAGCGGUGGUAGGGCCUCUCGGCAGUCCUGGCCCUGUGCUGGCCGCCCUGCUGGACCAUGUUGGGAGUGGGUCCUGCUUCCAUGCCCUGCCAGCUCCCCAGUACUUUGUGGACUUCGUGUUUCGGCAGCACCACAGUGACAACCCCAACAUCACACUGGCUGAGCUGGCAGCCUUGAUGCAGCACCUGGGGGUAGGCGGAGUGACCGAGACCCACCAUGCCCACAGUGACCACCAUCAUCUGGGAAAGAGGGCUGACCACCAGGGCUCCGCGCUCCCCACCACCCCCAACAGCAGCUCCAGUGUGUGGGACACCGUGUGCCUGAGUGCCAGGGACGUGAUGGCUGUGUACGGGCUGUCUGAGCAGACGGGGGUGACCCCAGAGGCCUGGGCCCAACUGAGCCCUGCCCUGCUCCAGCAGCAACUGAGUGGGGCCUGCAGCCUCCAGCUCAGUCACCCCGCCCAGGUCCAGCUCAGCCAGUCAGAGAUGUACCUGUACGGCUCACUGGCCACUCUGCUCAUCUGCCUCUGUUCGGCUUGCGGCCUCUUGCUUCUCACCUGCACUGCCUGCAGCACUGCCGCCCAUUAUAUCAUCCAGACGUUCCUGGGCAUGGCCGUGGGCGCACUCACCGGAGACGCCCUCCUGCACUUGACGCCCAAGGUUCUGGGGCUGCACCAGCACCUGGAGCAGUGCAAGCCAGGAGUGGACUGCCACGGCCCUCAGCCCGUCUGGCGCCUCGUGGUCGUGCUUGGCGGCCUCUAUGCCUUCUUCCUGUUCGAGAAACUUGUCGAUCUCUUGCUGCCCCUGGACCCGGAGGACCCAAAGGACGAGCCUUGCAGCCACGGUGGCCACGGUGGCCACAGCCAUGGCGUGUCCCUACAGCUAGCGCCCAGGGAACGCCGGCCGCCCAAGCAGCCCCACGAGGGCUCCCGCGCAGACCUGGUGGCGGAGGAGAGCCCUGAGCUGCUGAGCCCAGAGCCCCCAAGGCUGAGCCCCGAGCUGAGGCUGCUGCCCUACAUGAUCACGCUAGGCGAUAUCCUGCACAACUUUGCCGACGGGCUGGCGGUGGGUGCCGCCUUCGCGUCCUCCUGGAAGACUGGGCUGGCCACCUCGCUGGCCGUGUUCUGCCACGAGGUGCCCCACGAGCUGGGGGACUUUGCUGCCCUGCUGCACGCCGGGCUGUCGGUGCCCCGGGCGCUGCUGCUGAAUUUGGCGUCGGCCCUCACGGCCUUUGCCGGCCUCUACGUAGCACUCGCGCUCGGCGUCGGGGAGGAGAGUGAGACCUGGAUCCUGGCGGUGGCCAUCGGCCUCUUCCUCUAUGUGGCGCUCUGUGACAUGCUCCCCGCCAUGCUCAAGGUGCGGGACCGCCGGCCCUGGCUCCUCUUUCUGGUGCACAACGUGGGCCUGCUGGGCGGCUGGGCCGUCCUGCUGCUGCUGUCGCUGUAUGAGGACAGCAUCACCCUCUGAUGGUGCCUCCUCCCCACUCUGGGACCUGACUCUGGCCCUGUGCUGUCUCAGCCCUUUGAACCUGAACCUACUGCCAAGUACCUGGAGAACUCCAGGCUUUUGAAGAGUCUCCCUGCCUCCCAUACCCCAGCAACCCAGCUUCAAUAAAGACAUUCCUGCCCUGGGAGCCCGGAGCCCAGCCUGCUCUUCCUGCUGGGAGGGAAGGGUCUCCCACCAAAAAAGGAGGAUGAGUGAGGCAGUGCCUGGAGCCCUGAGGAGCCAAGGGAGCUGUGCUCUGCUUCCAGGCAGCCAUCCCCAAGCCGUGGCCUAUCCUGUAGCCCAGGGGUCGGCAAACUUUUGAGACGGAAGAGCAGCCAAGGGUCAGCAAACUGCGGCUCGCAAGCUGCAGGC